GAAGAGCGUGCUGCCGGGUGCGGGGACAGCUCCACAACACACCGCUAUAUAACAAAACAAAUCAUGGGAGUGGAAAUCGAGACAAUAACACCUGGCGACGGAAGGACUUUCCCCAAAAAAGGACAGACGUGCGUGGUGCAUUAUGUUGGCUCCUUGACGGACGGGCGUAAGUUCGAUUCGUCCCGCGACAGGGACAAGCCUUUCAGGUUCAAGAUUGGCAAGCAGGAGGUGAUCCGAGGCUGGGAAGAAGGUGUAGUGCAGAUGAGUGUCGGCCAAAGAGCCAAGCUGACCUGUUCGCCUGACUUCGCUUACGGAAACAAAGGCCACCCGGGUAUCAUCCCUCCUAAUGCCACCCUCAUCUUUGACGUCGAGCUGCUGGGUUUGGAAUGAAACAAAUCCACCGCGUAUUUUAUUGUGUGUGUGACUUCCUACCUGGGUGACCUGGAGAGAAGCUAGGAGAGUCUGCACUCGAUUCUAUAAGAGGCUUGAGUCUAUAGUUCCACCAUAUUUAUGGUUAUGAUUUCAUCAAUCUACUGUAUGACAGUUUUGUUAUUAUUUUGUCUAUGUGACUGAGUUUAUUCUAUUUUUUCCAUCAUAUUCUUCCUCCUUACAAAAAAACAACAAACUAUGGGCCAUAACCUUACAAACCUCCAUGUUCUUAAUCUUGAAAUUUUUGUGAAUUGCGCUUUAUUUUUCUUUGUGUAUGCGCGUGCGUGAGUGUGUGUGUGGUUUUCUUUUCUUUUCUUUUUUUUGUUUGUUUUGUUUUUAUUUUGUUUUCUUUUUUUUAAAGUAUUGGUUGUGCAUGGUUAUGCUGACAAAAGUACAAAAAUACCAAUGAACCACUAGCAGCGACAUUCAUCUCCUUUGAGUCAGUGAGUAGUAGUGUUAGAAUGUUUGAGAGCUGGUGCUUGUUAUAUAUGAAAGAAACAAAAAAAAGUGUACAAAAAAGACAAUUAAAAGCACACAUUUGUAUCUUAAACCCCAUUUCAGCUGAAAAAUUGGAAGAAAAGCGACGAGUUUCAGGGCUCAGCGGUAUAUCAUCGUCAUUGUCGGCCUUAAACGGUGCAACACAGGAACUUCCCAUUUCUAUACAGCACCACUGUGUUUACUUUCUCUGUGAAAUCUUGAACGCAAGUGCAAUCUAAAGAAAGGUUUUAAUUGGAGAACCAAUCACAGCUGUAGAUAGUUUUAACCGUGUGCCUAAAUAUCUCCACCAGACGACACAUGACGACUACCUUACCCCCCUCUCCCAUCCCCCCCGUCUGCAUGUUCAAGGCCCGGCGGAAACUCUUAGUAUGUUUGUGUGGAAAAGCUUUGCAUCCGAUUUGCAUUACCAUUGCCUUCUCAUCUCUCGCCAAGUCUUUAAACCCCAUUUAAAGCCAUAACACCAGUAAGAACAGUGCAAAGACGGGAUUUUGCAGUGAUGCACGUAAAAUUGGAGUUUGUUAUUCUUUUCUUAGAAAAAAAGGGGAAAUGCUUGAAAUUUUACAAAAGAAGGGGGGGUAGAGGGAUCAAUUCAAUUGCGACCUCGACCCCCCUAACCUUAUUUUGUGUAACAACUUCAAUCAUGUAUUUUUCAGAUGCCAACUUUCUAUCUCUGAGAAUAGACGA